AUGUCGAUGCUCGAUUCGUUCUUCAACAAGGGCUUCAAAGCUGCAAAAUGCAAAACCUUGCUCAAGUUAACGAUCCCUCGGAUAAAGCUAAUCAGGAAUCGAAGAGAAGCUCAGAUAAAGCAAAUGCGUCGUGAAAUUGCUAAGCUUCUCGAGACUGGUCAAGAAGCCACUGCUCGAAUUCGGGUUGAGCAUAUUAUAAGGGAAGAGAAGAUGAUGGCUGCUCAAGAAAUCCUUGAGCUCUUCUGUGAGCUCAUUGCUGUUCGUCUUCCAAUUAUUGAGGCUCAAAGGGAAUGUCCGCUAGAUUUAAAAGAAGCAAUAUCAAGUGUAUGUUUUGCUGCGCCGAGGUGCUCUGACUUGAUAGAGUUGCAGCAGGUCCAGAUGCUAUUUGUUUCCAAGUAUGGAAAGGAAUUUGUUGCAGCUGCAUCUGAGCUCAAGCCGGAUUCUGGUGUCAAUCGUAAGUUGGUGGAGUUGCUGUCUGUGCGCCCACCUUCCCCGGAAACUAAACUGAAACUUCUUAAGGAAAUUGCUGAAGAACAUGAACUUGAUUGGGACCCUGCUUCUACAGAAACUGAUCUCUUCAAAUCGCAUGAAGAUCUUCUUGAUGGACCAAAGCAAUUUGGUGGGGGCUCUAAGCUGCCACUACCGGAGGAGCAAGAUGAAGGGCCAAGAUUGUCAUCUCUUUCAGCUCCAAAGGAUCAAUCUGAUUCUGACUCAGAGUACGAAAAACUGGACUUUCCUGAGGUUCCAACUGUCUUGCUGCGGCCACCACCUGGCCAUACCUCUGAAAAUGCACCGGAGGCAGCAAAAUCUGCCAGUUAUGAACAUGCAUCUCUCAACUUGCCCGUUGAGUCAGAGACUGCAAGAAACGUAAAACCAGCUUCCAAAAGAGACGGACACCCUGUUAAAGCAAGCAGCAUUGUCAUGAACAGCCUAGAAAAGCAAGACAUACAACAAUCUUCACCCGUUGGUUCUUCGCAGUACGUGACGGAAUCUGAUUCCGUGAAACACAAUGAUUAUUCUCCUCCAUCCGCUGGUGUAGUAGGAUCCUUCUCUUCAAACGAGAGUGGUGCUUCGACGGAUGCCCCAAGGAAAAUAUCUGAUGUGGACCUGCAGGAUGUCCUAAUGGCUGCUCAAGCUGCUGCUGAUUCUGCAGAACGUGCAGCAGCAGCCGCUCGUUCCGCUGCAAGUCUUGCACAACUCAGAAUCAAUGAGCUUACAAAAAAGACGUCUGAUCAGUCUCCAGAGAGUCCAUCUGAGAACCCUUUCCAUGCUCCCUCAUUGGGAAAACCACAAUUUGAUCAUCAGUAUUCUUCGGUCAGCAGCUGCGGAGAUCUUACAGAGCCGCAUAGGGAAGAGAGUUCAUCACUUUUCAGCCAUGAGUGGAACAACCGCCACUCACAAAGACUCCCUUCAAUGGAAAAACCGCAGUUUGAUCAUCAGAGUUCUUCGGUCAGCAGCUAUGGAGAUCUUACAGAGCUCCAAAGGGAAGAGACUUCGUCAUUUUUCAGCCAUGAGCAGAAUCACCAACAACAAAGACUCCCUUCAAUGGAAAAACCAUGGUUUGAUCAUCAGAACUCGUCAGUCAGUAGCUAUGGCGAUCUUACAGAUCUCCAGAGACCAGAGAACUUAUCAUUUGACCGACUCAGCCCUGACCAGGACCACCAACAAAUGAGACUACCUUCCAAGGAAGAUGAUCCCUAUUACUCAUACCCUAAUCUGUUCACAUCUCAGAAUCCAGAUCGCUCAUCAGGCUCUCAUUCAUUCUCAGACAACAAAACCUAG